AUGGGACUUUUAACUGAAGGUAGUCCACUGUCAUGGGAAGAGACAAAGAAGUUGGCUAAACAUGUGAGGGAACAUGGAAUCAAGCAAUUUAUUAAUUUGUAUGCACGCCUCAAAGAUCGUCAAGGAGAUGUUCUGAAGUGGGGCGAUGAAGUUGAAUAUAUGAUUAUUAAGUUUGAUGACGAAAAGCAAACAGCGCAAGUAUCUUUAAGAGCUCUUGAAAUUCUGGAUCAAUUGCAAGAAAAAGAACUUAAAGAUCCUGAUUCCGUCAAAUCAUUAUGGAGACCAGAAUAUGCUGCAUAUAUGGUGGAAGGAACACCCGGAAAACCUUAUGGAGGAUUACUAGCUCACUUCAAUGUCGUUGAAUCGUCAAUGAAAUAUAGACGCGAGGAAGUCGCUCAGCUUUUGAAUCAAGGGGAGUCAGUAAUGUCAAUUACAAGCUUUCCAAUGCUAGGAUGUCCUAAAUUUUCUUAUCCAUCUUUCGAUGUUCAACCAAACAAUCCCGAGUCAGCAGCGCAAUCUCUAUUUUUCCCAGACGAAGCGAUAUUUACAGGCCAUCCACGAUUCAAAAAUCUCACAAGAAAUAUAAGAUUGCGACGAGGUGAAAAGGUGUGCAUCAAUGUUCCCGUCUUCAAAGAUGAAAAGACAAAAUAUCCGGUUUUUGAAGCACUGCCCGAAACACCUGAUCAUGUUUAUAUGGAUGCAAUGGGAUUCGGAAUGGGAAAUUGUUGUCUACAACUCACCUUUCAAGCUUGUAACAUUAAUGAAGCUCGAUAUUUGUAUGAUCAACUGACUCCUUUAUGUCCAAUAAUGUUGGCUUUUACUGCAGCAUCUCCUCUUUAUAGAGGUUAUUUAACAGACAUUGAUUGUCGUUGGAAUGUGAUUUCCGCAUCUGUAGACUGCAGAACAGCUGAAGAAAGGGGAUUGAAGCCACUAAAGAAUAAUAAAUUUAGAAUUAAUAAAUCAAGGUAUGACUCGAUUGAUUCAUAUUUGUCGGAAAAUGGUGAAAAAUACAAUGACGUUCCAUUAUUGUAUAAUGAGGAAGAUUAUCAACAACUCCGUGAAGGAGGUAUCGAUCAUUUAUUGGCGCAACAUAUUGCUCAUUUAUUCAUUCGUGAUACAGUUUCACUAUUUAGUGAAAAAGUAAAUCAAAAUGAUGAGGAAGAGACCGAUCAUUUCGAAAACAUUCAAUCAACGAAUUGGCAGACAAUGAGAUUCAAGCCACCACCUCCGAAUUCUAGUAUUGGAUGGCGUGUUGAAUUUAGGCCAUGCGAACUACAACUUACAGACUUCGAAAAUGCAGCAAUUGUUGUGUUUGUGGUUUUGCUUACACGAGUCAUUCUCUCAUUUAAAUUAAACUUUUUGAUACCAAUCAGUAAAGUAGAUGAAAAUAUGCAAAAAGCUCAGAAACGCAAUGCAUGCAUGCAAGAAAAGUUUUGGUUCCGAAAAAAUGUAAAUGAUAACAAGAAUGAUUCUGGCUGUGAAGCAACUACAGAUGAGUGUGAAGGAUGUGAAUUGUGGACAAUUAAUGAGAUUAUUAAUGGUAAAGAUGAUUUCCCAGGACUAAUUCGCCUUAUCAAUCAGUAUUUAGCUUCAAUGGAAGUAGAUGCAGAUACACAUUGCUCAAUUCAACAAUACUUGAAGUUGAUUCAAAGGAGAGCUUCUGGAAAUUUAUUAACAACUGCAUCAUGGAUAAGAAAAGAAGUAUUAAACCAUCCAGAUUAUAAAAAUGAUUCAAUAGUAACUGAAAAAAUAAACUAUGACUUGCUGAAAAAAGCAAAGAAGGUCCAAGAAGGGUUAUUACCAUGCAACGAACUCAUAGGAUGCUUCACAAAUUCCAAAACUUCAGAAAAUAUUCCACCAGCAAUUGCUAAGCAACACGAGCCAAAAGCUCCAAAUGGAAAUUAA